AUGGCCUUUUUAUCUGAAGAAGAUAGAGGAUUGACAUAAACAAAAGACCCCUAUCCACAUUUAGGUCCUGGAGUGUAUCAAAUUCCAGAUCAGCAGACCAAAAAUUCUUAUGCUCCUUUUCUCACCACUGGAAAGAGAUAAGUAGAGAUAGCAAACAAAUAGAAAGCGUUAUUUCCUGGUCCAGGUUAAUAUGAAGUUUAACACAACAUGGGUGAUUCAGGAGUACAAGCAUACUUGAAUAAAAGCACCGUCAUAGUCAAAGUUUAAGGUAACGGAAGUAGUUCCUUCAAAUGUGGAAUUGAGAGAUUUUAAGAGAACAAAAAAGUCAAAGAUAUCCCUGGUCCAGGUCAUUAUGAUACAUUCAAAGAUAAAUCACAAAACAAAUAAGCUUAUUUGUUUCAAAAUCAACACCUAGACGAAAUUAGAUAUUAAAAUCACAGAAGACGUAUCAAUUCAAUACCUGAACCAAAAACAUAAAUUGGGAUGGUUUAUGAAGAUAUUGAAACUUUGGCUUAACAUCAAAAAAUACUUUAGGAGUAAAAGAAGAUCAAAGAUGUCGGCCCAAUCACUUAUGACAUUCAAUAGACUAAGUAGGCCAAAGGAAUUUCUUGGAACAAAUGCUCUAAUCCUCGAUUUUAAUAAGAACAAUCUACAGAUCUAGGACCUGGCAAAUAUAAUAUUGCUGAGGAAAAAAAGAAGAAAAAUAAAUCUCCUGCUUUUCUAUCUGAAUCUGUUAGAUCCUAUUAUGACAAAUUGAUUUACAAAACCAAUAGAGAAAUUAAUGCUGGUUUGAUGAAAUAAAUUAACUACAAAGAUUAAUACUCUCCAGGACCUGGUUAAUAUAAUGAUUGCAGAGUAUCAAUCAAAAUUCAAAAAAAAGCCUAAGAAUUCUAGUUUUUCGGUUCUUCCUUAGAACGAUUUAGAGAGGUAAAGGAAUCUUCUGUUGGCCCAGGAGAUUACAAAAUUGAAAACUCUUCAUUUGAUAAAUAAUUGAAAAAGAAAAAUUAUACUAAUGCCACAUUUCUGAGUUCGACGGGAAAAGGAGAUCUAGUAGCUUCUGAUGAAUAAAUGCCUGGGCCAGGAGCAUAUUACCUACAAAAUGAUCUUUAUACAGAUUUAAUUCGAAAGUAAGACAGAGGGGUUAAUGGAUAAUUUGGUGGUAAAGAGAAAAGAUUUUAUGAUAAACCUCCCCUUAGUAAGGCUGGACCAGGAAGUUAUGAUAUUACCAAAGGGGAGAAAAAUAGAGCUGUUAGUUCUUGCUUUAAAUCCUCUUCUAAGCGAGAUUCUGUAAAUAGGAGCUCUGGUCCUGAGAUUGGCUAAUAUAGAUUGGAUCAAUAAACUAUUGGAUAUAGAGUGCAAAAGUAGUUAAAAUUCUUAAAAAAUCUAUAAAAAAUAGAUGUUUAGAAGCCAGGAUUCGAUUGCGCUUAACCUAGGUUUAAAGAAAAUAAGGAAAUGAUCUAAAGCAUGUCCUUUACCGAACAAACAUAAUGCCCAUCUGGAUCAUUUAAAUAAAUAACUGCUCCUUUCAAAUCUUAAUAGCCUCGUCUCGCAUAUCUCAAAAAAUAAUUCACCCCUGGAGUUGGAAAAUAUGAGGUCGAAUCCAACAAUUGGAAAAUAAAUAGUUUCAAUACACAUUAUAAUAAAAUACUAUCAGACUUUUGA